CAGGAGGAAUUGAUGCACUUUUUUCACUUUGCUCUGGAAUGAGAUGAACUGCGCUUUAUAAAGCGUACGGUAUGGAUUUUAUCAGAAAUAGUUUAUUUAGGAUCAUUCUGUAUACAACUUUAUAAAAGAAGCCCUGGUUCUUAAAAUAAGACACUUCUUGAUUUUUGUUUUGUUUUAUUUUACAUCAUUUUGAGGCGUCUGGUUGAAGGAUUUCCUGACUGAUGAUGAUGAGGAGGAGGAAGAGAAGGAGGCGUCUCAGCGGGACGGAUAGGUAGCCCUGCUCUCUUUUCUCCUCUCAAUGAGGGACGGAGCUCAAUUAGCAUUUCACAAGUCCCUUUCUCCUUUCCUCCCGCUCUUCCCCGCGGAGCCGCUGCUUUCUCCGGGAUUGUCCUGCUUCUGGCCCUUGUCUCCGUUGGCAGGGUGACAGUAUUCGAGUGUGCAAACUUGUGCCAUUGUCCCUCGGCCAGAAGGAGCCAUGGAGACCCACUAAUAUGACACAGGAAAAUGUUUGCUGAUGGCAAUUCUAUGGGCUUUGUCUAACUCUUUCUCUUUCACGACGACUCGAUUUAAGUCUCAGAAUGUUUGACUACAAAUGCGAGAGUGCUCUCCGGCUCCUCCGCCUUUGUCCCGCGAGGUUUGAAUGAGUAAUUCAGCUUUUGUGUGGCUCGAUUGAGGGGGCAAACAGAAAGACAAGAUUCUUGAGCGCUCAAGCCCCCUUUCCAUGGUUAUGCGCAGAUCUCCUCCUCCUCCGGACAGCGCUGGACGGUGCGGAGCGCAGCUUCAGAUCCGGGAAGCAGCGAGGCGAGACCCUCCAGAGACCCUCGCUCCGAGCCCAAGAACACUUCAAGAACAGCCCGCGGAACCGGCGAGCGCGCGGAGCGUCGGGCCACCGUUGAGACCGAGGAAACAUCGCCUCCGCUCGCUGUUCCUCGGGGAUUUCCAUGACAACAGUCUGGCGUGGCAAAGAAUCCGACACCGGGAUCUCUGCGGCGCAUUGUGAGGAGAGUGAGGUCGCUGAUUGGCUCAGGAGAGCACCAUAACUACACCGAGUCGAUAGUCGUUCCGCUCCUCCGAGUGCCUGGGCUAUUACAGAGGCCGGCGAGCUGGACAGCGCUCCUGAUGCGCUCCUGGGGUCGUCGUCGCGGCGGGUUUGCUCCAGAAGCGGAGGUCAGGGCUGUACUGGACUGAAGAUGUGCUGCUGAGGUGUGAGCGAGCGCGAUGGCGAGCUCCGACAGCGAGGUGAAGACGCUGCUGAACUUCGUCAAUCUGGCGUCGAGCGACAUCAAGGCGGCGCUGGACCGAUCCGCGCCCUGCAGGCGCUCCGUGGACCACCGCAAAUACCUGCAGAAGCAGCUCAAGCGCUUCUCGCACCGCUGCGCCAAGGGGCCGCGCAGAGGCAGCGACGCGACGCUCGCCGAACUCUCCGCGGAUAACGCGCCGCUCCGCGGCGGGGGAGACGCGCGUUUGAACGCGGGGCAGAUCCCGAUGCGCGAGCGGCAGCUCCCCGCGUCCUUCUGGAAGGAGCCGCGCUCCUCCUCCGGCGGCCAGCGUCUGGAGCACCUCCUCAAGAGCAACGCGAGCGGGACUGCGCGCGUCAGAUCGCCGGCGGUGAGAGCCAAGACGGUUUAUGAAGACUUGAACGCGAACGCGCUGCUGUCCGGUAACGCGGUGUGCGCGUGCGCGUGCUGCUCGCUCCCGUGCCGCUUUCUGCUCCCGCACGCGCACGCGCUCAGGAACAGCGCGUCGGAGCGCGGCACUGAGAUAUCGCGCAGCUUCAUCGACGGACUGCAGCGCAACAGCGCACACGUGGUGAUCAAACCCAUCCCCACCAAACCCGCGGUGUCCGCCUCCGCCUUCAGCGCGCUCGGCUUCAUCUAGAGACUCUUCAGACAGUGUUCUGUGGUCACCAGUGUUGGGAAGCUCACUUCGGAAAUGGAAUAGAUUAGAUCACAAGUUACCCUGUCGAAAAUGGAAUAAGUAGUGUAACUAUUUAAAUUACUUUAUUAACUAAUUACAUUUGAUUACUUUUCUAAAUUUCUAACCAAACUGUUAAUCAUUUUCAAACAUGGGUUAACCUUACAGAACUCAACACUGAUUACUGUCAGACUUUCACAAUCCUUCAUCAGCUGAAUUAAGAUUAUAAUCAUUUCAUUUUAAAGCACAGCCACCACAAAAUCAGACUUUAGCACCUCUUUUAACUUUGAGGUUAAAUACAGAUUUAAAAUCAUAACAAGAAAUAGUUUAAUAGAUAUAAUACUCUUUUUGAAAUCAAAUGUUUGCACAGUUAUGACAGGAAACACAUGCUAACAAUGCUUUGGGAAAAAACAGUUAAUCUUAAAAAUAAAGCAUAUACACAAACAGGAAAUAAAACAGUUAUGGAAUAAACAUGUUGCUGUCUCAUAUUUGAGAGCAGACAGUGCAAUUUAUGAAAGAAAUCAAUUAAAUCUGUGUGUGUGUGUGAAAAUAUUCAGAUGUAACCCUCUUUGUAAUUGUUAACAUUUUCAUAAGUAGCUGUAAUUUAAUUACACAUUUUUUCUCAGUAACUGUAACAGAUUACAGCUAGAUCUAUUUUGUAAUUAAAUGAUGUAAUUCCGUUACAUGUAGCUAGUUACUCCCAACACUGGUUUUAACCCGUUACUGACACGGAUCUGAGCAGGUUUAAUGAUCACUCGACUUUAAGCACUUAAAGUACAGAUGUAGCAAGAAUGAAACACACGUGUAGUGAUGUUCAUGGACUUUAGUGCAACUGAAGAUAUUAAAAUAUGAUUUGUCAGGAGGAGACAGCGCUUUGUUUCGUGUGAGAGCAGAUGAUGUUUGUGGUGUGACUGUCGAGAAUCACAGCGCUUCUCUCUUCCAGCUCAAACAUCUGCACGAUUUCACCGUGAUGCAGAUUAUUUAUUCUUUUUUAGUUGAUGAGUUAGAGAUGUUGUCACACUAAAAACCUGACUGUAAUCCAGAUCUUGUGCUAAAUUAGCUGAUUAAAUCUGGUAAUAAUUGACUGUCUUACACUGUCUGUUAAUGAAAGGAAUGAGCUUUUGUAGAGAUCAGACACUCGG